AGGUUCCAAGAUGGCGGCGGCGGCGGCGGCGGCUCCCCCAUCCCCUCCUCCUCCGCCUCCUCCUCCCCCUGCCGCCGCGCCGACGGAGGGCCCGUCCUGCCCCGGCUCGUGGCCCAACUUCGCCGUCGUGUGCUCCUUCCUGGAGAGAUACGGAGCCCUCCUCGACCUGCCCGAGCUGCCCUUCCCGGAGCUGGAGCGGGUCCUGCAGGCGCCGCAGGAGCCCGGCGAGCAGGUUCCCAGAGAGCUGGUAGAACUUCACUUGAAACUGAUGAGGAAGAUCGGAAAAUCCGUCACAGCAGAUCGCUGGGAAAAAUACUUGAUCAAGAUGUGUCAAGAAUUCAACAGCACCUGGGCAUGGGAAAUGGAGAAAAAAGGAUACUUUGAAAUGAGCAUGGAAUGCAAGUUGGGAAUAUUGAAGUACCUUUGUGAGUGCCAGUUUGAUGACAAUCUCAAAUUUAAGAAUAUCAUUAAUGAGGAAGAUGCAGAUGCUAUGCGCCUUCAGCCGAUUGGCAGAGACAAAGAUGGGCUGACCUACUGGUACCAGCUGGAUCAAGAUCAUAAUGUUAGGGUGUAUGUCGAAGAGCAAGAUGAUCAAGAUGGGUCUUCGUGGAAGUGCAUUGUCAGAAGCCGAAAUGAGCUGGCUGAAACUCUGGAACUCCUCAAAGCACAAAUUGAUCCCGAACUAUUAAAAAAACAGCAGCAGGAAAAUUCGUCACGGGAGAGCCCUAGUAUUGAAGGUGAAGAGGCCAAAAAGGGCGAAGAAACGUCAACCCAAGAAAGUGACUUGAAGGUCAAAGAAGAAAAAGAAGAGAUAAAAGAGGAGCUGCCAAAGCAGCUGGAAAGCCUUCCACCUCCAGCAGUUUCGGAAGAGGAAAACAAGAUAAAAUUAGAAAAAGUGCAAGAGAGAGAAAUCAUAAAGCUGCCAGUUAUAGUGAAGUUGGAUAAACCUUUGGAAAACAAUGGGGAAAUGCAGAUUACCAAAGAAGAAAGGGACUCUUUUAAAGAAAACGUUAAGCCCGUUAAAGUGGAGGUGAAGGAAAAUAAGCUAGAGCCAAAAGACUUGAAAGAUGUAAAUAGCAAUGCAGAGGCAACUGUUCACGAGCCCGAAAGGAUAGAGUUCUGUGUCAAUGUCAAGGCUCCCCAGGAAGUGGUGGAGCGAAGUGUGGAAGAAAGCGAGAAACUAAAAAAUGACCAGCAGGCAAAGAUUCCACUGAAAAAGCGAGAGAUUAAGCUGACUGAUGAUUAUGACAGCCCCUUAAAAGGGCCCUUGCGAAAAUGUAUUACCCCAACGAAGGAUGUCUUGAAGGAGGAAGGGAAACAAGAGGAAGAGACGUUUAAGAGAGUCCCUACAAUUACCGAUGGGAAAUGUCUUGUAAAUGGGGAGGUUAGUAGCGAGAAAAUCAUGCCAAAUAACAAGCUGGAACGUUCCCCAGGCACAAAGGAAGACGCCUCCAGCCUGCCUAAGGAGGAAAACGGUGUAAGCGGUGAGAAAAUACUGGAGACCGUUAGCACAAUAGUAAGAACAGCUGAUGUCGAAAGAAAUAUUUUGCGUACAGGGAAGGAGGUAGCUAGUGUGGUAGCUGAGGUUUCUUCUCAGAAAGUGCCUUUAAAGGAGGAGACCAGCCCGAAAGGAAAAGAAAACUUGCUUGACAGUAAGACUUCAGAGUCUGUCGUAGAAGCACCUUCAAAAACGGAUGAUUGUCUCAAGAAAUCAGUGGAACCUGUGAAAGCAAAAGACGGCCUGGCACCUCCCAAGGAAUGUCCAGAUAAAACCUUAACUGCAUCUUCCUCAAAGGAGCAGGUUACUCCAGCAGUUGAAGAGGAUCUGAAAAGUAAGGGUCAAGCCGGGGAGAAGGCAGAGUUGCUAAGAGCGGCUGUGACUCCACCGCCUGCUCCAGCCCUUCCCUCGGAGAAAUCAGUUGCUGAGAAGGAGGAAUCUGUCUCUAAAAGCACACUUCCUGAUAAAUGCAAAGUACAGGCAGGGGAGGAUUCUAAGCCGCAGAAGGACUCUGAAGCUGAAGGAAAAGAAACGCCCAAAUUAGGCAAUGCCCAAAGUUCUGCCGAGGAACCUCCUGAGACUAAAAAAGAGCCCGUGAAAAGCAAGUGUAAAUACAAGCUGAUUUCUGAAGAGGAAAGUUCUCUAGCGGAGAAUAGGGAAAUCACCUCCGAGAGGCAGAAAGAUGGGAUCAAGCUCACAAUCAGGAUCUCGAGUAGAAAGAAAACCGACCCUCCUCCCAAGACUCAGAAUGCAGCCUCUGAAAAGGAGGAGGAGGCGGCUGUUGGUGUCGGUCGCAUUUUAAGGAGGUCUCCCCGGAUAUCCAAGCCCACUCCCAAAAUAGCGGAGACCCGAGAUCAGAAGCCCGAGAAAAAGCGGAGUGAGGAGGAGGAAGAAAAACCAGCUGCGGUGCAAAAGCCGGAGAAGAAAGAGGACUCAAAAAAGCAAGAGAAGGAAAUAAAUUCUAAGGCUAGCAAGGCCUCACAGCGAAGCAAAGUUCGGUGGGCUGGUACUCGAACUCGUGGUAGGUGGAGAUAUUCGAGCAAUGAUGAGAGCGAAGAUUCAGAGAGUGAAGAAGACUCUGAGAAUCAGGAGGAAGAGGAGGAGGAAGAGGAAGAACCUGCGCCUGCUGAUGACGAUGAGCCGUGCAAGAAAUGCGGCCUCCCCAAUCACCCAGAGCUAAUUCUCUUGUGCGACUCUUGUGACAGCGGCUACCAUACGGCCUGCCUUCGACCCCCACUGAUGAUCAUUCCUGAUGGAGAAUGGUUCUGCCCACCUUGCCAACACAAAUUGCUCUGUGAGAAGUUGGAAGAACAACUGCAGGACCUGGAUGUUGUCCUGAAAAAGAAAGAGCGUGCAGAACGAAGGAAAGAGCGCCUUGUGUAUGUGGGCAUUAGUAUUGAGAAUAUCAUUCCUCCACGAGAGCCUGAAAUACCUGAAGUUGUCGAUGAAAAGAAGAAAGAUUCCAAAAAAUCAAAGGCGAAGCUGCUUGAAAGGAGGUCGACUAGGCAACGGAAGUGUAUCAGCUAUAGGUUUGAUGAGUUUGACGAAGCCAUUGACGAAGCCAUAGAGGAUGACAUAAAGGAGGCUGACGGAGGAGGUGGUGGAAGAGGGAAAGACAUGGCUAACAUCACGGGGCAUCGUGGCAAGGAUAUUUCCACCAUCCUGGAGGAGGAAAGGAAGGAAACCAAGCGACCUCCGAGGGCUGUCGCAGUUCGCCGGAAGAAACGGCGGCGACUGAACGACCUGGACAGUGACAGCAACCUGGAUGAAGAGGAAAGUGAGGAUGAGUUCAGAAUCAGUGACGGAUCUCAGGAUGAGUUCGUUGUCUCGGACGAGAACUUAGACGAAAGCGAAGAGGAUCAGCCAUCGAAUGACGACAGCGAUGCGGAGUUUUCGAAGCGCAGGCCCAGGCGGCACCACUCCAGGCCGAUGAGGCAAAGCAGGCGGCUACGGAGAAAAAUAGCCAAGAAAAGAUACUCUGAAGAUGACGAAGACGAAGAUGAGGACUCUGAGGAGAACGUAAGCGGCGAAUCUGAAACGGAGGCUUCUUCAGAAUACAGCGACGAAGACUACCUGGAAACGAGGCGAAGAAGAUCUCGGCGCAAUCAGAAGAGGCAAGUCAACUACAAAGAGGAUUCUGAAAGCGACGGCUCUCAGAAGACCUUCCGAUACGGGAAAGAGCUCAGAAGGAUCCACAAGCGCAGGCUUUCCAGCUCGGACAGCGAAGAGAGCUACGUGUCUAAGAACUCUGAAGACGAUAAACCCACCCAGGUGUCAAAGAGAUCCCUUCGGAAGCGCAGCCACAGCACGGACGAGUACUCGGAGGACGAGGACGGGGACAAGGAGGAGCGGCCCGUCCGGAAGCGGCUGAAUCGCAUCGAGACAGACGACGAUGACAACUGCAGCAGCGCCAGCGAGGAGGCAAGCAAGCCUGCGCCUGCCGCCAGGCCUUCGGCAACCCACGGCCCGCAAGACGUCACCAAGAAGCCCUACCGGAUAGAAAGCGACGACGAGGAUGACUUUGAGAACGUCGGGAAGGUCGAAAGCCCGUUGGACUACAGCCUGGUGGACUUGCCGUCCACCAACGGACAGAGUCCUGGGAAAGCCAUCGAGAACUUGAUUGGCAAGCCCAGCGAGAAAGCUCCCGCCCCCAAGGACAGCACAGCCAAUGCCAGCUUGGCACCCAACGGGACGAGUGGCGGCCAGGAGGCAGGAGGGCCAGAAGAAGACGAGGACGAACUUUUGCGAGUGACUGACCUUGUUGAUUACGUCUGUAACAGUGAACAGUUAUAAGACUUCCAUUUUUGUGCUAAUUUAUUCCACGGUAGCUCAUACCAGUGGGCCAGUUAUUAAAAGGUGUUUUAUUUUUCCUAGAAAACUCUCCACUACAGUAUCACUUUUUAGCAGUCAAAAAUUUCACCACUCCUGCAGUUCGGGGUUAUUUUUUCUCUCUCCAUCCCACCCCCUUCAACCCCCGGUGAAGUGACCAGUCGUCGUUUUCUCAGAACUCUCUCUCCCCCCUUUUUUUGUGGUGGAAAUGAUAAUUACUAAAAUUUCCCUAUUCUGAUUUGCUGCCUCCUCCACCUUUCACCCACUGCUGCAGUCCAGGUUAACUUCAUCCACAUGCAGACCUUGUAGUAAAUGAGAGAUUUGUAUAUUUUUGACUUUAUAUUUCCUGAGUGCACACAAAUUGGGGGGGACAGGGGGCAGGGAGGCUGAAAGAAAGCAUUCCAAGUUGGUCAGGGCCCAAAAUCUGAACUGUGGUGGGAUGGAGGGGGGGGGGAGCCGGGGGGCGAUGUCGGGGUACAGAAGCACUUGUACUCAAACUUUUUCAUAGGAGAUAUAUAUUCUAUUUAAAUGUUCACAACUUAGAUUACAAUUUAACAUGCAGUUUUAAGGGGGAGGGGGGAGAAAUCUUUACUGUUGCAUUUUGUGACUUGUGGGUUGACUUGCCAUAGUUCCUUUUAGUAAAUCACUUUCCCGAAAAGCAACCUUGGUUAGAGAGAGAGAGAGAGGAAGAAAAAGCUCUCACAUAAAAUCAUUUGAUUCAAAGCUUCCCCAGCCCAUCAUAAUUUUAACUUUUUAAAGUGUUUUGUACAGUAAAAAGUGUAAAGCUAUAUAACGAGCUUUUGACAAUUUGGAGCCAUGCUAGCAGCGAGUUGAUAACGAGGCUCUUCUUUUUAAUGCGUUAAAUCUGCCCGAUGGUCUCCGCAUAGGAUAACCUCUUGGGAGGAGAUGCAGUUUUUGCUGUGAACAGAUGACGGGGCUCCAGUAGAGAGAUAACUGGCUGCUUUUAAAAACCCUUUCUGUGCUCUUAGAAUCUACUUCAAAUUGAAGUUCGCAAAUGAAGCAGUUUUCCUUCUGGGAGGCUGUGUGUGUGUGUGUGUGUGUGUGUAUGUAAAAGAUUAAUUUUACUUAUCAGUCUGGAUGUUCUAGCAGAUUUUGACAGUAGUUACCUGGCCUAUAGGCUCCUUCGUGUUUUUAAUAUGCAUUUUAAUAGUUGCCGCGUGACCAACGGAUUUCUAAAGCAGGACAUUUCUGGGGGAAAUGCAUGACCCCCCCCCUUCCCUGCAAGAAACUCCUGCUGUUGGAACUUGGGCAACAUAACUCUGGGUGUGAGUGCCUGCUCUCUACUUCAAGAAAAAGUUUCUCUGCCCAUUUUAUAGCCAGUCAAACAAGAAUACGGCUGGCCAUGGUGUUUGCCACUUCAUUCUUUCAGAUGUGUGUCAGGCUCUGUUACUUUCUCUUGUCUUGUCUUGUCUUUUUCUUUCUACAUGAUUUUUCACACAGAUGGUUGGAAGAAUACUCUGCAGAGCUUUGAAAUCCAAAACGGCCAUUUUACUCUGGUUUUUUUUUUCCUCCUCCCCCUCAAAACAGGGUUUUGUACUUUAUUCUGGUGCUGGGUCCAUUGCUGGCAAUGGCUGCACCAGUCUUGCUGUGGGCAUUGAGCUCUUCUUCCCUUGAAAAAAAAUUUUUUUAGGCGUUCGUCUGUAGCUGAGCACUUCCGUGUUGUUUGUUUGUCUGUUCCAUUGUGAUUUUAACCAUGGCAUUAGGCCUGUAUAAAAUACCUCGCACGAAAACCUUGGCUUCCCCAAUUUUUUUUAAUGGCCUUUAAUUCAUCUUUGGUUCCCUCUUUUCUCUCCCCUCCCCCUGCUCCCGAUAUCCGCUCUCUGUACAUGGUAGCCACUCCACCCAUUGUAUUCUAGCAAUGUGCAUCUUCCACCUUUAGAAUUCUAGAGCCCUCGGACCUUAAAAGAAAAAUACUAGCUUCCCCAAGCGGUGUUUUAUGUAGUUAACAAAGCGAAGCCUCCCAGGUUGUAUCGCAUUACUUUGUUAGCAGCCAUCUAUUUGAAUAAGAGAAUAAAGUUUAAAAGCCGCACAAA